AUGGUCGUGUUCCAUGACUCUUUCAGUCCCUCGGCCAUUCCUACUUCUCGAAAGCGUCGAUAUUCGCCGCAUUCAAGCCCACCGCCCGCUGACGACGCCGCCCACACUUCCUCGAAGAAGCGGAAGAUUUGCCAUCCCACCUCCCCUCCGCCAGAAUUCUGGGACAACUUAACCAGGAAAUCCCAGAUUCCACUCACUACAAACGCUCUUCAAGAGCUGAACCGAAGGAAUACGCAGCGUGAGCGAAGAAACGUCGCUCCUCUGCCACCACUCAGACGGAGCUGUCGUCUGGCUGCCCGACCAGCCAGAUUUGCGUCUCACGGCGGUCCAGACUCGAGAGACUUAAGAGGGUAUCGCAUGCCGACGGGUCUUGGGAACGAGAUGAGAUCCUCUACCCCAUCGAGUCUCGGACGUCGCAAGCGGGGCUCACAGUCACCCGAGAAGAGUAGCGGCACUCCAAACACAACGACUACAAAGAGCACCGGACCGUACGACCGAGCGUAUUUGCAGCAUCAUGUCGACAACGGCUUCUUGCCAGACGGUUACGAAUAUCCCGACGGUCGAGCUCUCUCAGAAGCGGAGAAUAUAGAAGAGUUCCGUCAAUUCAUUUCGCAAGCACGAGCGUCUCUGUCCCCUUCCCGCUUCUCGGGCGAUGACUUCCGAUGUUUCAAGCGAGCGAACAACCAUGCGACAAAAGAAAGACAAGUAAUGACGACUGUCAUGCCAAUUAUUGAAGGAGCUGUGGGCGACACAAAAUGUGUUGCUGGCGAGAUCCCGUUUACGAAUCUCGAUCAUUUGACCGAUGGCACUCUUGCCGCAGCAAACCCUGAUCGCUAUUAUGGCGCCCGCCCUGAACAACUUCGUGGAACUGUACGAGCACAAUUGAGUGGACGUAUCAUUCCAUCCACACAAGAAGAUCUUCCAAUAGCCCCGAACUUCUUUGUUGAAGUGAAGGGGCCAGAUGGAUCGGCAGCCGUGGCCGAACGACAGCUCCUCAACGUUAUGGCGCUAGGCGAGAGAGGGCAAUGUGAUCUUCAUUCCUUCAGGUGCUCUAAACCCAUGUACAAAAAUCAGGCUCACACCAUCGGCUGUACUUAUCAGGCUGGACAGCUCAAGAUGUACGCUACCCACGUGGUUGACCCGUCCGAGCCAGGGGCGCAGCCUGUGUUUGUCAUGACGCAAGUCGACUCCUGGAGCUUGACAGGGAAUCCCAAGUCUUGUCGCGAAGGUAUCGCUGCAUAUCGGAACGCCAGAGACUGGGCAAAGAAAGAAAGAGAUCAGGGAAUAGAGCAAGCCAACCACAGAGCAGCCGAUCGGAACCUCGAUGACUUGGGAUUGAGCGUCUUGAGCGAAGCAUCCGCUGCUGAGACGGCAGAGCUGACCAGUCAAACAACGUUAACGAACCACGGGUCCAACGCGCUAUCAAUCCAUGGUUCUGACACCUCUGAAGACGAGCUAUCAUUGGAUCACCGACCGCCGGACAAACGGAAUACGGUUCCUGGGAAGAUUCUCACCACAAGACCUAACCGUUCGCUACGAGAGUCAUAG